ACCGCACUUUAACGAACCAGUACAGCGUGCAAACCGGUACCGAACGCACACGAAUCAGUCCUUCGGUCCUCAAUGCGUCACAGGCCUAAUAUAUUCUACCAAAAAUUCAUCCAAAAAAUAUAUAAUUUAUAUCCAUAUUCGUGUGUUGUAAAUAUACAUAAAGGUGUUUCAAUUUGAAAAUAAAAGACUUUAAAAGUUGACACGGAUAAGGUGAAAAUUGUGUGUAUGAGAAGUUGCGAAAUGAAGAAGAGUGGCGAAGACCUGAAAUGGAUAACAUGAGACAUUUGAUUCACCUGAUUAUUUCUUUACUUGUUUUAGUAUUGGGUGUAAUUGGAUUGAAAAAUUUACAAAUCACAGUGCCUAGGAUGGUUCGUUCUGGAGAUUCAGUAUUAAUGACCUGCAAUUACGAUCUAGAGGGCAAAUUACUUUAUACAGUAAAGUGGUAUCUGGAUGAUGCAGAAUUUUAUCGGUUCGCUCCAAAAAAGAAACCUCCUGGGCUUGUCCUCCCUGUACGGAAUAUAAAUGUUAAUCUUACCAUAUCUAACAAAAACAAGGUGAUGUUACUCAACAUCUCCAAAAAACAGUCGGGGCUCUACAAAUGCGAAGCAACAGAAGAACUUCCCACUCUAGAAACAAAAACUGAUGGAGCUACCAUGACAAUAAUUGAUGUGCCACAAAAUAAGCCAACUAUAUUAGUUGAGAGACAGCGUUUGCCACUGGGGGAGACACUCCGGGCGAAUUGCACAUCGGGUUCUUCACUCCCCGCCCCCGUCAUUACGUGGACCCUCAACGGAGAACCCAUUAAUAAUGUCACUAUAUUCUUUAAGGAAUACUCUAGAAAUAUUAAAAUUGAUGAGGAGAGGACAUUUAGUCAGUCUUACCUCGAACUUUCAAUGACAAGUGAGGUUUUGCAAGAAGGCAAAUUAUUGCUAAAGUGUUUAGCAAAUAUUCCUCUAGUUUACAAAGCAUCAGAUGAGGUCGAAAUCACAGAGGAUGAACCUUUCAUUGCUUCUGUAAGAGGUGAUGCUUCACCUCAUAGUCAUCGAACAAAUGGAUGCAGACCAGUCAGCAUAACCCAAUGUCUGGGAUUGGUUACCAUGUUCUAUAUCCUGCUGACAGCUAGAAGUUCGAGCUAGUUUAACGAAUAUCGCAGGACUUCACUGCCUUCAGCUGAGCCGAUUUACAGUGAAUCUAGAGUAGCCUAGGGCUUCCAAUUAUGUAUGUUAUUAUAUAUGAACUAGAUAUUCAAAUAAGUUAAAUAUAAUUUAAAACUGUCUACUCUAAAUAAAUUCACUUGCACAGUGAGGCACUUAGAUAUACAUUUACUUUAAAUGUUAUCUUUUGAUGUAAAUUGUUAAUAAAAUGUGUUAAUUUGUACAAACUUUAUCCUCCAAGGGUAAUAUUAUUCAUUUUAUGAUAGUAAUAUAAAUAUUAUACAAAGUUAACAUACAAAUAAAGAUUGGUAUCAAUAAUAAAAGCAAUUCCGUCUACACAUAUAUUACAAAGUAAACCAU